UCGUCGGUGGUUCUAUUUUAAUUUCCACCACCCACAUUGCUAACAUUACAGAGAGAAACCUUCAACCUUCGUCUCUGUGUGUGUGUGUGUGUUCUUCCUGCUUCUUUUGGAGUAAGUUUGAGAGAGAAAGAAAUAACCAGCCUUAAAAAAUGGCGGAUUCCGGUAAACCCAUCUCGGAACUUGGGCUUCUUCAUACACUCCCCGGUCGCCUGAAGUUGCUUGUUUCCGACGCCGACAAUACUAACAAGCCCGACUUCCGUCAACUGGAUUUGGGUUCGCCUGUUUCGCCGUUACGACCUCGACCCGCCAUUAGCAGCAGCUCUAGCUCAUCCGGGUCGGGGUCGGGUUCGGGUGGGAAUGGAAAUGGGUCUCACUUUCUUUCCACCUCUAGAAGGUCAGAUUCCGGCGAGUUAUCGGCUGAUAGUUCUCCGACGUCUUCAGUAGGUGGGUCUUGUUCAAAGAAGUCGACUCACUUCCGAUCCUAUUCCGCCGGAGGAACCGGUGGUCACCCGUUAAUCUACUCCGGCGGAAGCUCUGCAACUUCUCCGACCACCAAUGUGCUUCCGACCGGCAAUAUUUGCCCGUCGGGGAAGAUAUUAAAGACAGGUAUGAUGGCAAACCGGAGCUCCAAAACAGACGUAUUGAGUUUCGGAACCUGCAACUACGGCCAUGGCAGCAUAAUGCGAGGCGGUUCCGCCACUAAAACCGCCGUCGCCGGCGGCGGAACUGAAACCCCUUUUCCGAAUCCUCGAAGUUCGAGGAGAUCAUCAAUAGAUCCUGAAGAACUGAAAAGAAAAGGAAACGAAGAAUACAAAAGGGGACACUUUAUAGAGGCACUGAGUUACUACGAUCGUGCCAUAGCAAUCUCGCCGGAAAAUGCUGCCUACCAUUGUAACCGUGGAGCAGCAUUGAUGUCUUUGAAAAGAUUGACUGAUGCUGUGAAAGAAUGUGAUGAAGCCAUUAAAUUGGAUUCUGGAUACGUGAGAGCUCACCAUCGUUUAGGAUCUCUUCUUAUUAGUUUAGGGCAGGUGGAAAAUGCCAGGCGACAUCUUUGUUUUCCAGGGUCCCAACCGGAUCCAAACGAGCUCAAGAGAUUGCAAACAGUCGAGAGCCACUUAAGUAAGUGCACCACAUCUAGGAGGGUUCGGGACUGGGCUCGUGUUUUGAGGGAAUGUGAUGCUGCAAUUGUUUCCGGAGCCGAUGCUUGCCCUCAGCUAUUUGCGUGUAAAGCAGAAGCCCUAUUGAAGCUUAGUCGACUAGAUGAUGCCGAUUUAAGCCUUUCAAGCAUGCGUAAAUUCGAAGCAUCUUGCAGCCUCUCGUUUUCCCAACAAAAGUUCUUCGGGAUGGCUCCCCAAGCGUACCUUUUAUUUGUUUCGGCUCAAAUUGACAUGGCAAUCGGAAGGUUUGAGAAUGCAGUUACCACUAUCGAGAAAUCCGGACAGAUUGACCCUCGAAACGUUGAGAUUGCGGUUUUGCUUCAAAAUGUUAGGUCCGUUUCGAGAGCUAGAGCCUGUGGCAAUGAUUUCUUUAAGUCGGAAAGGUUUAAAGAAGCGUGUUCGGCUUAUGGGGAAGGGCUUAGGCUCGAUCCUUCGAAUCCAGUUCUCUACUGCAAUAGAGCCGCUUGUUGGUUUAAGCUCGGACAGCUGGAACGAUCGCUUGAUGACUGUAAUCAAGCGCUUCUUAUCCAUCCAAACUACACGAAAGCGCUUCUUCGUAGAGCUGCCAUAUACACCAAGCUUGAUCGGUGGGCUGAAUCGUUGAGGGAUUAUGAAGUGUUGAAGAGAGAGCUUCCAAAUAACAACGAGAUAGCCGAGUCUUUGUUCCAUGCUCAAGUCGCUUUGAAGAAAUCCCGUGGUGAAGAAGUAUAUAAUAUGAAAUUCGGAGGUGAAGUUGAAUCGAUUACGAGUCUUGAGCAGUUUAAAUCUGCAGUUGCUUCCACCGGAGCUUCCGUCGUUCUUUUUAAAUCAUCAUCCGAACCUCGAUGCAAGCAGAUUUCUCCGUUUCUGGACACCUUAUGCACCCGAUACCCAUCUAUAACGUUUCUUAAGGUUGACGUGGAAGAAAACCAAAAAAUUGCAAAAUCCGAAAACGUUGGCAUUGUACCCACAAUCAAGAUUUACAAAAAGGGCAACCGUGCGAAAGAAAUGGUGAACCCGAGUCAAGAAGCAUUGGAAUCAUCGGUCAAGCCUUACAGUUCCUAAAAGCAUCACCACAAUGGUAACUUCAUGAUCCACCCCCUUCACCACACAGAAUACUAUCGGGUUUUUUUACAUUUCGACUGUGUAAAAAGCGCCAUAAUCCGACCGUUUGGUGCCAAAAUUUGGGACCGACGUGAAGAGGAAAGCAGAGACGGUUGGGUUCGUUAGAAUUUUCGUAGUUAAAAUUACUAAAACACCAUUGGAAUGCUGUUCUGUUUCAUUCAUUUCUGGGUUAUUAGAAGUUGGAUUUGUAUGUGUAGUUUGUAGGUGUAUAUAUAUAUGUGAAGAUGGUGAUACAAACAACAAACCAAAAGGCAACUUUUGGAGGAAAUUGGAUUGUGGGAUUGUAUUUUGUGAUAUUUGGGGGUUCCUUUGAUUGAUC